CUUGUCUGUGAUCAGCUAAGCGCGGCCGAGCUGACGCAAUGCUUCGCUGCCAACCGUUCCUCUACCAGCAGUCGAUUACUGCGCAGUCGUCCUUCGGGCAGUGCCGAGAAAGGUACUGGGUUGGCAGCCCUGCUUUUGUGCCAAACGGGGGUUGCGCCCGCCGCCUGGCGAAACGAGGCGGUACCAACAGCUCUGCUUCUCAGAGUCAGUCACACACUGUGCCACGAGCGGUCCAGCUGCGCAGCGCGCGCUGAGCAAUAUGGUGCCCGCGUGGUCGCUGUGUGUUUUGCUGUGUCUGGGGGUGCCGCCGGGCCAGCUGGAGGCGGCCCAGGUGUUGGGGCUGUUCCAGUCGGUGGGCCGCAGCCAGUGGGGGCUGGCCGAGACCUACCUGAGGACGCUGGAGCAGCGAGGCCACCACGUCACCGCCGUCACCACCUUCCCCUCCAGCCGGACGGACGGCAACUGGACAGAGAUACUCGUAGCCAACGCUUACACUGCCGCAGGUGACUUCAACUUCUUCGAAAUACUACCGUCAGGUUUUCUUGGAACGUUGAAGAUAUUUUGUGACUAUGGAUAUGCAAUGUGUCACUCGCUUCUGGGGGACGAAAACGUACGAAAUCUGUACAGAUCUGGAAAGAAGUUCGACGUCGUCGUGCUGGAACCCUUCUUCACCGAGUGCCUGCUGGUGCUCGCGCACAAGUUCAGAGCGCCCAUGGUCGUGCUGUCCACCUUCGCAGGGACUGACUGGAUGGCCGACAUGGUGGGCAACCCCACCCCGUAUGCCUACGUUCCCAAUAUUUUCCUCGAACUUACAACACACAUGAAUUUCCUUGAACGGGUACAGAACACCUUGGCUGGUGUAAUUGCAAGUAUUGUUCGGCAAUUAUACUAUCUGCCAAGGCUUGACGCCAUUGCACAAACGUACCUGAACGACACGGAAUUGCCGAAGUUAUCAGAGAUCGAAAAGAAAGUAUCUUUUUCAUUAAUUAAUUACCACUUCACACAUGGAUGUCCAAGACCACUGGUGCCAAACAUGGUGGAAGUUGGAGGUUUGCACAUAAAAUCGCCCAAGGCUCUUCCCGAGGACAUCCAGCGGUUUCUGGACGGCGCGCAAGCCGGCGCCGUGUACUUCAGCAUGGGCACCAACGUGAAGAGCAAAGACUGGCCCGAGGAAAAGCGGCAGGCCUUCCUGAGGGUGUUCUCCAGGCUGGAGCAGCGCGUGCUCUGGAAGUGGGAGGCAGACUCCCUGCCUGGACAGCCCCCGAACGUCAAGAUAGGCAAGUGGCUGCCGCAGUCGGACAUCCUCGCCCACAAGAACGUGCGGGCGUUCAUAACGCACGGCGGACUGCUGAGCACGCAGGAGGCGACGGCCAGGGGGGUGCCGCUGGUCGGCGUGCCCGUCUUUAUGGACCAGAAGCUCAACGUGGCGCUCGCCGCCAAGCAGGGCUACGCCGUCAGGGUGGAGCUCCACAACGUCACCGAGGCCUCCAUAGGGUGGGCGCUAGGCGAGGUGCUCAACGUCCCCAGGUACCGUGAGAGAGCCCAACACCUGUCCCGCAUCUUCAACGACCGGCCGAUUCACCCGCUGGACGAGGCGGUCUACUGGACGGAGUACGUGAUCCGCCACCAGGGUGCGCCGCACCUCAGGUCCGCCGCGAUGGACCUCUCGUGGUUCCAGUACCUGCUGCUAGAUGUCGUCGCUGCGCUGCUGCUGGCGCUCCUGAUGGUCAGCUGUGCGAUAAGAGCCGUCAUGCGGCGUCUGUGCACAGUUACAGCUCAAACUGCUUUCGGAAGAAGAGGAAAAUCGACCAAGAAAGACUAACGGUGUCGUGUUCGUCGCAGGAUUUUUUCCCAGUGUCCGUGUGCUGUAAAUGUGAUGUCGCCUUUGGACGAUCUUCCAGAGCAGAAGUAUUAGGCAGUUGCUCCGAGUCGCUUAUAGUGCCCUGCAACUAGGCCACCUAGAAACCACACCCUUUUUACGCAAGGAAGUAAGACAGAGCUUAAGUUCUUCUCGUAAUGGCACUUCACAACUUACGUGAAACACAACAAAAUUUCUCUCGUUUAUCCACUGUACUAAAAGAACUUUCCAUAAGAUUCGAAUUACCCUGUCUGUAACUAUCUACCUUCAUUAAGGAAUACCUAGUGCAGAAAAUCAUCGAUGCAGCUUUGUUGAUGCAUCCAUGACAAUCGUCGCACUUUUACAGCACUUUCCUGCAUUACGGAGUGGUUUGUGAGGACACAUACUGCUAGUUACAAUGAAAAAAAUUUCGAGAGAUUGGAAAAUAAACCAGCCAUCAACCUGCAAACCAAAGGUUUAUUUAGCCCUUGAUCUAGGUUUCGAUAUUUCUAAAAAUAUCUUCUUCAGGAGGAUUGGGCCUUGUUACAUCGCAUGGUGGUAAAUUACAUUAGCUGAAGCCGAGCGGCUGUUAUCAUAUAUGAAAUUGAUAUGAAGACCAGAAAGAUAGUGUGGUGCUGUGAAAAGUGGCAAUUGACCCUGAAUAAAGAAAAGUGUGAAGUUAUUCACAUGAUUACUGAAGGAAACCCGUUAAAUUUCGACUACGCGAUAAAUCACACAACUCUGAAGGCUGUAAAUUCAACUAAAUACUUAUGGAUAACUGUAGUUGGAACGAUCACAGAGAUAAUGUGAGCAGAGCAAACCAAAGACUGCGAUUCACUGGCAGAACACUUAGAAGGUGCAACAGGUCUACUAAAGAGACUGUUUACACCGCGCUUGCCCGCCCUAUUCUAGAAUAUUGCUGUGCAGUGUGAGAUCCGCAUCAGGUGGGAUUGACAGAAGGCAUCGGCAAAGUUCAAAGAAGGGCAGCUCGUUUUGCACUAUCGCGAAAUAGGCGAGAUAGUGCCACAGACAUGAUACGUCAAUUGGAGUGGCAAUCAUUAAAACAAAGGCGUUUUCGUCGCGAUGGGAUCUUCUCAUGAAACUUCAAUCACCAUUCUCCUCCUCCGAUUGCGAAAACCUACAUAGGGAGAAAUGAUCAUCACAAUAAAAUAAGAGAAAUCAGGGCUCGGAAAGAAAAAUGUAAGUGUUCGUUUUUCCCGCGCGCCGUUCGGGAGAGAAACGUGUUACGUCUCUCUUCCCUUCUAUCGACAAUGUUAGAAGUAUAUAACCGUGUAAGCAUGUACCUAAACAUUUGUAAUACAAUUUUGAAAAGGCUAUCGUUCCGAAUAUUCAAUAUAAAGUCGAUCAAUGAGGGGGAGGUUAACAACAAGGUACCUUCUAGGACACCUUAUUCCGCCUACUUAAUUACUGUAAAAUUUAGUAUGGUUGUUCGAAAGAUGUGUGCUAUCAUUCACGUAAGCCUACUGCGCCAACGAGAAGGGGUACCACGUGGAUCGGAAGGGAAUAAUAAGAGUUGCUGAAAUAAUUAUAGAUAAAAGAAAUACGGUCGCCAGCCCAACUGGCACAAUUUCUGUUCGGUAGGUGAAUUAAUGAGCCGAACAGUCAACGUUAAGAAUUACUCGAACACGCGUGGCAACAGAGGGCUGCACGCACGUUAGCAAAAACAAUUGAAACAUUUACGUAAUAAGGGGAGAAAGAAAAUAUCAUUAACUAAUAGAGCUGAAAUUUGGAAGACAUACGAGGUAACACUCAGAUUAAUGGUUACUUACUGUUGAAAGUGACAAUGGCGCUACCUCACAAUAACAUCUACUAUUUCCAUAUGAGUUUUGGAAAAUGGCAAAAACACGCGUAAACAGUUUUGAUUAAACUAUGGUAAUUAUUCACACCACAAAGCUGAGUAACCCCGUUACAAAACUAGUUGACAAUAAGCUAUGAUGGAGCAAUCUUACUUCACUCCACUCUCGCCGUGACGAAGUUGCUGACGACGAUACUGCUGCUGGCUCCUUUCCGUGGUAAUUAACGAGCACGGGAGACAUAGGCAAUGAUAUUGGCGUGGCAGGUUCUUCAUGUUGCUGCAGCCAAUAUUUCCACCGCCCACGCUCAUCACUUGCCACGUGCCGCUAAACAGACACUCCUCCAGUACAGUGCACGCCAUCCAUGUGUCCGCACUUCACCAAGUCUCGCGCCAGAGUUCUCUCUCUGUGUAGCGCGCGCUCUGGCCUAACAUCCUCCCGCGUCCAGAGACGCCGCUACUCCAAAGAUACUUAUUCGUUGACAAAAACCUAGCGUUUCCCUAACAUUCCCUCAGCGAUCACUCAGCGAUAUUCACAUAAUAUACAUAAUUGAUUAUACAGCAAAAUAAACAAAUGAAUUUAUACAUUGUGUACAUAUAAAUUUACAUAAAGAUAAAAGCAAUUAUAUAUACAAUAAUAAACGGUCAAAGAGCACAUCAGCACGGAAGUGUUAAAAGGGGACAGUCUGUGAUGUAAAGUUGUGUCCUAUAUUAACCGUGUAAGUAUGUAAAGACACUGGCCAUCUUUUGUGCUAUGUUGGCUUAAUAUGGGAUAAAUAUGUGGCUUGUUUUCUGAUAUGUUUAGUGUGUUCAUUCUUUCUUUUUAUUUUCUGGAUCAAAUCGUCUAUUAAUAUCGGCACAUAGCUAUUAGCAGUAACUAUUUGGUUUACUAUCUCCAUUUCCACUAACCAUUUCACUCAGAGGAGUUUUAAAUUCUACAUGCUAAAUCUAGAGGUAUCGUAGCUUGUGUCGUGAGAACACGCGGAAUUCUUAGGAGAACUUCGCAGACUUAGAGAAAGGGGCAAGAAGAGAAAGUAAGGGGGAGCGUUGCCUCAGUGCAGAAGACUGCUUUCACCAAAAGUGACUUCUCAACUAAUGUGCUUCCAGAGAGAACACGUGUAGCGAAGACUGUGCAACGGAAAAUACUUAAUGAGACAAUUAAAGCACACCUAAUACUGCCAACUAUUUUGACGACCCAUGUAAAAGGUAAGACUGACGCCAUAGUAGCAACUGGCUCUCCAGCCCAGGUGGGGCGGGGGAGGCGGGGGGGGGGGGGGGGGGGGGGCGGCGGUCAAGAAAUAACGGGUGUUACAUGAACGUCCAGCUAUCGAGAAUUCACGGUUAUGAAAUACUACGUCAGUGCGCUUAUUUUACCAAAGCGAGCAUUCCCUGUUCGACAGACCGUACGGCAUUCCUACUAGCGUAGUACGAUGUGUAGUCGACAGUUGUAACUGUCUCUAAGUAACUACUAAAAUUGCAACUAACACUUCGAGCAGAGGCAUGUAACGUACUCUGGCUUAAUUCCCAAGAGUUUGAAACUAUGUAAUCAACAACUUUUUAAUUAUAAGCACAGCUUGAUGUAGUAAACUGAGCUAUUUCGUUAUAUUAAUUCAGUCCGUUUUCAUUUUUAUAGAGUAGGUCAGGUGACAUGUACUCAGUAAACAGGCGAAAGACAUCCCGAUAAGAAAAACACAAUGACCGACACCACAAUUCCUGCAACCACAUGUCACCCAAAUAUCCACAAACAUGCACCAUACAGGUCAAUGCUACACAGGGCAACUAAAACACCAUUGAACCUAGAAAAUAUGCACCAAGAAAAUAUGCAACAAGAAAUAAACACAGUGAGAAAGAA